AUGUCAUCCAAAGUCCCGAUAAGGGUAUCAACUUCGACAUCAUUGAUCGGGGGGAAUGACGUGUAUCUGCCUUAUCUGCACCCCACUUCCCCCCCUUCUUCUACUGCUACUGCUGCUCUCAGCCCUGCACCACCAGGUGCCCCCAUCCUCCACGCAACCCUAUCGCAGGGACUUGUCUAUGAUAAAAAGAGUCUGUAUCAUUCAUCUGCGAUCAUCUCGUCGCUCGUAGAGACUGCUACGCUGCCCUUGAGGUAUGUUAUUCCAAUAAGUUCUUUUAAAACCUUCAACGAUUUCUUCUACCACAAACUCAAGCCCUCUGUGCGCCCCACCGAAAGCCCCACUGACCCCUGCCGUCUCAUUAGCGCUGCCGACUGCCGCCUCAUGGUAUUUGAAACCGUCUCUGAAGCCACCAAACUAUGGAUCAAAGGCUGUGAGUUCAGCAUUGCGUGUUUACCUGUGCCAGAGUUGACGUUCACUGAUCUGUACUGCAACUUCUCAACUGGUUUGUCAAAUCAGGUGAGGAUCAUUUUUAACGCCUUAAUCACACGAACCAUGAUUAAGCAAAAGUAA